AGCAUACGAAGCAUAAGAAUUUGAUAUUUGCACUAAUAUACAAAUUAAUAUACAAACAUGUGGUUCAACUAAUUAAAUUCCAGCGGACUUGAUUCUUUAUCGCAAUUCCCUAACAAGAAUGUAAAUAGAAAGUAAACAUUUGCUUAAUUUGCUGAUAGAAUCAGUUUAAUAUAACGGAAACAACGAUGGCAGGUAAUUCAGACUGAUUAUCGCCGUUUCGUUGUCGUUUUCUUAUCAUGAACCCGAUUCGAAUCUAGAUAAAGAUGAAGAAAAUUCAGUUGGCUGACGAUUCUCUAGGGUAGUUGCAUUUGCAAUCCUCGAGUUCGCUUUAACAGGAUUAGCAUUUCUCGAUGCUUUUGUUUUCGAGUAAUUCUGUAGCCAAGAAUAUAACUAGUUAAGUAACUAACAUAAGUAUCUAGAUAAAAAAGAUAUAAACAUUAUGUAUAUAGUUACUUAUCACGAUUGAUAUAAAGCUAAAUUUUAUAUAAAUGUUAUCGUACAAUUUCUAUUUCUAAGAUUUCAACCUGAUCAUUUUAUCAACGUGAUAACACAAUUAAAGAAGAUAAUUUCAUAUAAAAUAUACCUUUUUGUCACGAAUUUACGAUUACACAUAAAAAUGUUUCUUUGAUGCUUUUUCGGACAUGUUAAGUUGUGUUUUUUUCUUUGUAAAAUAUAAUAUAUGUAUAAUGUCAACUUCACUGUCAAGUUUUAAAUCGUUACCAUAUGUAUCAAUAUAAUUGCUACACAUACAUGUAUCACAAAUGUUGCGUUUUGGAAUUACAAUUUUUUAAUAAUUAUAUGUAUGUAAUAUCGCAAUUUUAAUGAAGCAUAAUUAUCAUGAUCAAUUAACGAUUAUAUAACACGACUGACUUCAAAAGUGCUAUUGGCACGAAACUGUCUACUUUGUGUUGCUCCAUUGCUUUAAUUAUGAUAUUCACGAUUGGAGUACGUUCGUGAUUCUCCAUCAGCAAUCAUGAGCCAAACAUUGCUCUUGUCAUCUAUAAUUGCAGUUUGCCACGGGAAACUCAAGCUCGCUAUUUUAUCAUAUCAUGCAAUCUAUACAGAAGAGCAACACGUGGACGGAUAGUCGCGAGCACCGUUUGCCGAGAGCACGACGAUCAGUAUAAAGUAGAUAAUAAUCGUCUUCGUUGAUGAUGGUGCCGUCAUCCAGAGAGUCACAUUCGCUGUUAUCAUUCGCGCAAGUAACGAUGGCGCCGAACUUUUCAACCUUCGGAUAUAUACAUUUCCUCACGUCUGUGUUGUUGUUCGUCGAGAUACAAGAUAAUCCCACGUGUUUGAAUUGUGGAAAUAUUCUGAUAAGCGACAAGUCGCACGAGUGAUUAUUUGAUUCUUAACCAGUACACAGCAAGUAUCUUACCUGUUUGGUUGUGACACCUGAAAGAGGAGAAAAGUGGAAGAGUAGUAGAAUAAAAUGAUAUUUUGAGAGUUUAAGUAAGAAAUUAAAUGAGUUUGAAAAAAAAACGAAAGAAAAUUGAAAUACUAUGAGAGAAAUGGUCGAAUAUUUAUAAACAGAAUUUGCACAAUUUGCUAACAAUUUUUCUGUUCAUGUAAACUUUUAAUUAAUUUGAAAAUAUUAAAUCCUUGGGUUCUUCUGAUUAAAGAGAAAGAGAGAGAGAAGGAAAGAGAAAUUCUUAGUACUGAAGAUGGUCACUUCCAUAUGUCUGCGAUUUCAGUGACGUAUUGUUUUCUGUAUUUAUCUUCUGGAUGAUAAACGAAAAAGGAAAAUAUCCAAGCUAAAGGAAACGAGGGUGGCCACGGAAAAGUACACAAGUUUUAUCUUCAUCAAGCCUCAACGAGGGUGGAGAAAGCGCAUUAAAGUAAUCAUGUGAUAACUAAUUGUUCGUGAGUGCUGGUGUCUCAGACGCGUCUCGAAGAUCGCUGUGAUAUUUUCAUAAAAUUAACAAUCAGUAUCGAAUAACUGGUAACAAGAACUUUUAAACAAAAGAUUAGAAGGUUGCAUGAAUAUAAGUGAAUAAAUAUCGAGGAGUGUUAAAAUUUUUAAAAUUUUUAACUAUAAUAUUUGUGAUUUAUUAAUAACAUCAAAUAGAAAAGAGUGUUCAUUAGUGCUUAAAUCGAAUUUGAGAAUUCGAAGGAGAGCCAAGUAUUUCUGUUUAGUUAAUAAUCAUGAUAAAAGAAUGAAUAAAACUGGUGAUGACAACAAUUAUUGAAUUAUUGAAGAAUUAGACUUAGCAACAGAGUGUGAAGUUUUUAUAGUUUAAUAAAUAAUUUAAUAAAUACUUCAGUUUUAAUUUCAUUAAUAAAAAGCGUCCAACGCUGUAUAAAAAUACAAUCUGUGAGUGAUAUUAAGACAUGUUGAAUUCUGCGAUGGAAUCCGAAUACUUCGAGACCUCAUGGAAAAUCAAGGUUGUACAAAUCCGUAGAUGGUUGAAAACUCUCUUUCAAAGUGCGAUAGAUCGAUGUUACAAACCCAAGAAGAAGGGCUAUACCAGAUUUCUCACUGACGAAGAGCGGAGUUGGCUGGUCUCCACCGAGUACGACAUAUCCCGCCGGCUUGCAAUACCUUAUGAACCUUGAUUACCUUUUCGUGAACCAGAAAAUUGAGUUGCUUCAAGCUUUUACUGGAUGGGAGACUAAGAACAGGUACACCAUUACAAAUCUUAAUGGCGAGACGGUAUUCUACGUGGCUGAAGAAUCGGACGUUUGUGCACGAUUGUGCUUGAGCAAGUACCGUCCCUGUGAAUUUGAUAUCUUCGACCAAAACCGGCAGCAAAUUCUUCGCAUAGUACGACCCUUCAGGUGCGACAGUUGUUGUUGUCCGUGCUAUUUACAGACUAUAGAAGUAUAUUCUGGAAGUACUCUGUUGGGCAGUGUUACUCAAGAAUGGAGUCUUUGGCGACCAACAUUCUAUAUUCGCGAUGCUUCUGGCGAACCGGUAUUAACAAUAAAAGGACCAAUCCUUCGGUUUUGCAUAGACGUUAGCUUCAAGGUCAAAUCUAUGGAUGAGAAGCAUCGCGUCGGUGUAAUCCAGAAACAAUGGAGCGGGUUUGGUCGAGAACUCUUCACCGUCUCUGAUAUGUUUGGUAUUAGUUUCCCGCGCGAUCUUGAUGUGAAAAUAAAGGCCGUACUGCUGGGAGCAGCUCUUUUGAUAUUGGAAAGAAGCUUACACGAAUCAGCACAGCUUUGUCCGAAAAAUCUGAAAUGCUUAUGGUAUAACCAAAAUUUAUAUCCAUACAUUGAAGAACGAAGUACGACAUGUAUUUGGCAGAAUAAGAACACAACGGUAUACGUAAUGUGUAUGUCUUUUUAUUUUCGUGUUUCAUUACUUGUAUUUCGUACAUUUGGUUGUCGAGUCGGCUGAUAGUACACUGUCUAUAUGCCGCAGCGUUUGGCUCGCGUGUUUCGUAGUGCGUGUAAUAUUUUCGUCGCGCAGAUGUUCUUCCUGUUGACUCACUCACGUAGUAAAAAAGAGAAUGAAAAAACGUGAAUACGUUGCUCCACUCCAUUCGCAGCACCAGACUAGAAAACCGCCAAGUACCGGCAAACGGCACUCUCGACUCUUUCAGGUUCCGUUACGGAUCGUAAUACGGACAAUUAAAUAUCGUCGUUGAAUGAAUAUUCCUUAAACAGCGACUUCUUCCCUCAUUUUUUUUUCUUAUCUCGUUUUAAUCACGACAAUCACGACGAAUCGCAAGGGACUAGCACUAGAGCAUUACUAAGUGUGUGUGAGAACGCGCGUGACUAUGUAUCAUCGGUAACGAAUAUAUAUGUAUAUAUAAAAGCAAUUGCGACAAAAGAAAGUUAAACAAAAUUUGCAAAUACACUACAUCCAAGAAAGGUUCUCUCAAUUUUUCAAAAUUACGCAC